CUUGAAAGCCCUAGUCCUAGCCGAAACAAAUUAUGUGUCAAUGUCACACAUGAAACUGACUGUCACUCAAGGUUAAAAAGCGAGGCUUGAUUUUAAAAUCCGCCAUUUUAAAUUUGUCCCGCACAGUGAUAUGUGCGUUUGGUCUUGUCCUUAAAUUUCUUCGAAGUCCCUUUCUCACGUCAAGAUGGUUAGGGAGGACAAGGCUACCUGGAAGUCAAACUACUUCACCAAGAUAAUCCAACUCCUAGACGAGUACCCAAAAUGUUUCAUUGUGGGUGCGGACAAUGUGGGCUCCCAGCAGAUGCAGCAGAUCCGCAUCUCCCUCCGCGGCAGCAGCAUCGUGCUGAUGGGCAAGAACACCAUGAUGCGUAAAGCCAUCAAGGACCACUUGGAGACCAACCCAGCUCUGGAGAAGCUGCUCCCUCACAUCAAGGGAAAUGUUGGCUUCGUUUUCACCCGUGGAGACCUUGUGGAAGUCCGUGACAAGCUGCUUGAGAACAAGGUGCGUGCCCCGGCGCGUCCCGGAGCCAUUGCCCCACUGGCUGUGGUGAUCCCCGCUCACAACACUGGUCUCGGACCCGAGAAGACUUCUUUCUUCCAGGCUCUUUCCAUCCCCACCAAGAUUUCCAAGGGUUCCAUUGAAAUCAUCAACGAUGUGCCCAUCCUGAAGCCGGGAGACAAGGUCGGAGCCUCCGAAGCCACUCUCCUCAACAUGUUGAACAUCUCUCCCUUCUCGUACGGUCUGGUUGUCAAACAGGUGUACGACUCUGGCACCAUCUUCGCGCCGGCCAUCCUGGACAUCAAGCCGGAAGACCUCCGCGCCAAGUUCAUGGAGGGUGUGGCCAACGUGGCCGCAGUCUCGCUGAAGAUCGGGUACCCCACCCUGGCGUCCGCGCCGCAUUCCAUCGCCAACGGAUUCAAGAACUUGCUCGCCAUCGCAGCAGUUACAGAGGUUGAGUUCAAGGAAGCGGAGACUAUUAAGGAGUACAUCAAGGACCCAAGCAAAUUCGCGGCUGUGGUUGCAGCAGCUGCGCCGGCCGCCGCUGCGCCUGCGGCUGAGAAGAAAGAAGAGAAGAAGGAGGAGAAAGAGGAGCCCGAGAGCGAUGACGAUAUGGGCUUCGGGCUCUUUGACUAAGUCCACCGCAUCAGAACUGGAUAAAUCCGGUUAUUCGGAUCUGUCCAUCUACGAAAAACUAGAUUAUUCUUGUUUACACGUGAUUGAACAGGUCCGGAAAGCCUGGAUGGUUCUAGCCUUUGUUGUCGGCAUCACAAUGUUGAGGCCCUCAGCGCCGCCGGGUUGGACGCCCGCAUGGCGGCCGAUGUGUCUUACAUUUGUGUACUUGUCAAUAAAUGUUCAAAAAUA